AUGCAUGUAUACUGUUUCUCUAAUGAUGUGAGCUCCAGCGAAUCAGAAUGUGAUUCUGAUGGAGGCGGUAGCAGCUGCUCCAGCAGCUCUGACUCUGAGGUGUUUGAUGUCAUUGCUGAGAUCAAGAGAAAGAAAGCUCAUCCUGACCGCCUCCAUGAGGAGCUGUGGUACAAUGACCCUGGACAGAUGAACGAUGGACCGUUAUGCAAGUGCAGUGCCAAAGCCAGGCGAACUGGAAUCCGACACAGUAUUUAUCCUGGUGAACAGCCAGUGAAAUCAUGCCGGCCGAUGAGUAACAAUUCUGGCAAACUGUUCCACUACAGAAUAACUGUGUCACCACCCACCAACUUCCUAACAGAUAGACCCACGGUUAUCGAGUAUGACGAUCAUGAGUACCUGUUUGAGGGCUUUUCCUGCUUUUCUCACACACCACUUACUAAUAUCCCUUUGUGUCGGGUUAUUCGCUUCAACAUCGAUUACACCAUCCACUUUAUAGAAGAGAUGGCACCUGAGAACUACUGCGUUAAAGGCCUGGAACUGUUUUCCUCGUACCUCUUUAAAGACAUCUUGGAGUUAUAUGAUUGGAAUCUCACAGGUCCUGAUGAAAACGGCCAGUCAGGUUGUCAGAGGUUUCAUUUUAUGCCACGGUUCGUUCGGUGCCUCCCAGAUGGAGGAAAGGAGGUGCUGUCCAUGCACCAGGUGCUGCUGUAUCUGCUGCGCAGCAGCCCGGCUCUAGUUCCUGAAGAGGAGAUCGCCAACAUGCUUCAGUGGGAGGAGCUGGAGUGGCAGAAAUACGCUGAGGAGUGCAAGGGCAUGAUUGUCACCAACCCUGGCUUGAAACCCAGCUCUGUGAGGAUUGACCAGUUAGAUCGUGAGCAGUUCAAUUCCAGUGUCAUCACUUUCCCCAUCAUAGUGCAUUUUGGGAUACGACCUGCACAGCUUAGCUACGCUGGAGACCCGCAGUAUCAAAAGUUGUGGAAGAGUUAUGUGAAAUUGCGGCACUUGCUGGCCAACAGCCCGAAGGUUAAACAAAUUGACAAACAGAAGUUAACGCAAAGAGAGGAAGCUCUGCAGAAGAUCAGGCAGAAGAAUACGAUGAGAAGGGAGGUCACAGUGGAGCUCAGCAGUCAGGGUUUCUGGAAGACUGGUAUCCGCUCUGAUGUUUGCCAGCACGCCAUGAUGCUGCCGGUUCUCACUCACCACAUCCGCUACCACCAGUGCCUGAUGCAUUUAGACAAGCUGAUCGGUUACAUGUUCAAGGAACGAUGCUUGCUGCAGUUGGCAAUGACUCACCCCAGUCAUCAUCUUAAUUUUGGGAUGAAUCCUGACCAUGCUCGCAACUCUCUGUCAAAUUGUGGCAUACGCCAGCCCAAAUAUGGAGACCGGAAAGUGCAUCAUAUGUACAUGAGGAAAAAGGGAAUUAACACCUUGAUUAAUAUUAUGUCAAGAUUGGGCCAGGAUGAUCCAUCACCCUCCAGAAUCAAUCAUAAUGAGCGCUUGGAGUUUCUUGGUGAUGCAGUUGUUGAGUUCCUGACCAGUGUGCAUCUCUAUUACCUGUUCCCAAACCUGGAGGAGGGAGGACUCGCCACAUAUCGCACUGCAAUUGUUCAGAAUCAGCAUCUUGCUAUGCUUGCUAAGAAAUUGGAGUUGGAUCGGUUCAUGUUAUAUGCCCAUGGCCCUGACCUGUGCAGGGAGUCAGACCUCCGACAUGCCAUGGCAAACUGUUUUGAGGCCCUCAUAGGGGCCGUUUACCUGGAAGGUGGUUUAGAGGAAGCAAAGCAACUCUUUGGGAGACUGCUGUUCAACAGUGAGGAUCUGAGGGAAGUUUGGCUCAACUAUCCACCUCAUCCUUUACAGGUGCAAGAGCCACUGACAGACAGGCAGUUGAUCGAGUCGUCUCCAGUUCUGCAGAAACUCACUAAUUUUGAGGAUGCCAUUGGAGUGCUGUUCACUCACGUACGUCUCCUUGCACGGGCCUUCACUCUGCGAACAGUGGGCUUCAACCACCUCACCCUAGGCCACAACCAGAGGAUGGAGUUCCUGGGAGAUUCUAUCAUGCAGCUGGUGGCCACUGAAUAUCUGUUCAUCCACUUCCCAGACCAUCAUGAAGGACAUUUGACACUCCUGCGCAGUUCCUUGGUGAAUAACCGGACUCAAGCGAAGGUUGCAGAGGAAUUGGGCAUGCAGGAAUUUGCCAUCACCAACGACAAGACCAAACGGCCUGUUGCCUUGCGGACCAAGACUUUAGCCGAUCUACUGGAAUCAUUCAUUGCAGCUCUUUACAUAGAUAAAGACCUGGAGUUUGUGCACACAUUUAUGAAUGUUUGCUUCUUCCCACGACUCAAGGAGUUUAUCUUGAACCAGGACUGGAAUGAUCCAAAAUCGCAGCUGCAGCAGUGUUGUCUAACCCUGCGGACGGAGGGAAAAGAACCAGACAUUCCUCUAUACAAGACACUUCAGACAGUUGGACCCUCUCAUGCCAGGACCUACACAGUGGCAGUGUAUUUUAAAGGUGAACGGAUUGGCUGUGGAAAAGGACCAAGUAUUCAGCAAGCUGAGAUGGGUGCAGCCAUGGAUGCGUUGGAGAAAUAUAACUUCCCUCAAAUGGCUCAUCAGAAACGCUUCAUCGAAAGAAAGUACAGACAAGAACUGAAGGAGAUGAGAAGAGAGCGAGAGCGACAGGAGAGAGAUAGUGAUGAAGGGUAGAAAAGCAGAAAGUGAAAGAAAAAGCAAGAUGUUACAUGAAGUGAGUCACACAACAGUAGGCUUAGGAAAGCAAGAAUCUGUUUGUUGUUGUUUUGUAUAUAAAUCUGUGUAAAACUCUGUGUUUGUUAAUCCAAUUCAUACCGUUGGUAUGUUUUAAAAAGAGAAAAGUUUUGCGUGAAAUAAAUCAAACCA